AUGUCUUUCAAAGUCAUCAUAUUGGCAGCUGUUCUUGUGGUUUGUGAAGUGUAUGCCCAACAAGACUAUCACAAAUCUGCGGUUUCCUCACAACAUAUUGAGCGUCACGACAUUCCUGCAAAACCGCCCAAGGGUUUUAACGAAGGUCAUGGCCACGCCAAGUACGAGUUCUCUUACGAGGUUCACGACCCUCACACUCACGACGUGAAGCAGCAGCAUGAGACCCGAGACGGCCACUCCGUGCACGGCGUCUACAGUCUGCACGAGGCUGACGGCUCCAUCCGCACUGUCCACUACUCCGCGGAUAAGAAAACUGGAUUCCAAGCUAAUGUGAAACAUACUACCAAACAUAUUGAAGAACACAAGCACUAACAUUGAAAAUUGCUGAACGUU